AUGAGUGGCAUGCGUUCGCAACUGGCGAGCCGCCUCCGCAGUUCGUCCCUCAGCGCUGUUCCACCUCGCCCAGACAGCAGCGAAUACUCCACCACGCUCGCUCGUGCCGCGGCCAACAUACUGUAUCGGUCGCCUAUACCUUCCAAAGAAAACAGGCCAAUCUAUAUCUUGAAUGCUGCGGCUCUCCCGGACUCCCGCGAGGCGGAUUUCGACUCCCUGCUCCCCUAUGUGCUAGCCAGACUGCCGGACGAAGAUGAUUUGCUACGAGGCGACGAGUACGAGGUCGUCUUUUUCGCGGGCGAUUCGGAUGGGUCGGCUACAACGAAGAAGAGCAGACCCGGCUGGGGCUGGUUCUUGCAGGCGUAUCACGUCCUCUCUCGAGCCAUGCGGAAGAGGCUGCAGAAGCUUUAUAUCGUGCACGAGAAAGCAUGGGUCCGGAUACUCGCUGAGAUAUUCUCCACUAUAGCAAGCCCCAAAUUUCGGAAAAAGAUUGUCCAUGCCUCCACGUUAACUAAUCUUGCCCUUCACAUCCCGAUCGAAGAUCUUCUAAUCCCACCGGCAGCCUACCUCCAUGACCGCCGCAUAUCAGCGGACAUAUUCGCGCCCUAUGCGAGCGGUCGUCGUGCUUUCGCCGCUCGACAACCUUUCCCAGUUAGCAAGAAUGGGAAGACACGCCUUCCCCGGGUCCUUCGCGAAACGACGAGUUUUGUCCUUCUCGAGGAGAAUAUCGUAUCGGAGGGCUUGUUUAGGGUACCGCCCCAUGCCAGGUUGAAGGAUAUUUUGAUGGAGGCGUAUGACCGGGGCCAAAAGUACAUCGUUUGGAAAGACAACGGAGCGACUUUGAACCUGCCGCCCUAUCCCAGGGCACACAACCAGGAUGAGAUCAUCGCCGAGAUCGAUCCUCAAGACGCGUAUAGUGUGUACAUGGCCGCUGGCCUGAUCAAAUCGUGGUAUUCCCAUCUUCGGCAACCUAUCUUCCCAGCACAGACAUAUCGAGACCUGAGGCGAUUGUAUGGUGACCCUGACGAGUUUGUCACGUUGGAACGCCUGACCGAUCUUCUCGCUCCAACUUCAGAAUGGUCAUUCUUGCCUGCCAUUUCUCGGGAAAUUUUAGUGAGGCAUUUGCUUCCGCUACUCAGCGUGGUGGCAGCGAGACAGGAGCAAAACAAGAUGACAGCCGAGAAUCUUGCUGUUUGCUUCGCGCCCGCGUUGCUAUGUGGGCCAGAUCAGCUUGAAGAUGCGAAGAUGUCGUCAAUCGUACGGCGAAUCCUAACUCAAGCAAUUGAGCUCUGGUCUGAUGGGCUACGCGAAUCCUGCGGAGUUGCUGGAGAAGCGUUCUCGCUUGAUCUUCGCCUUCCGAAGGAUGAAAGCGACUGGGAAGAUCCGCUCGAGAGUAACCAGAGUCGGGCGGACACGGGCAUAAGGGACGAAGAUCAGACAACUGGCAUUCUUUUUGAGGACAAUGACAACACGACACAACAACCACCCCCGCUACCACCACGUUCCGGCGGUCUGCAGCUGCGCGCGCCAUCUGGAGCCCCUUCCAUCGAGGCGGCCACGCGGCGGAAACCUGCGCCUCCUCUCCAAGUCCCCCCUCGGUAUUCCACGAUCAUCUCAGAACCUAGCACUAACGUGGAUCAAUCCCCCAUUGGAUAUACUGCGGUGGCCGAUGGGUUUUCUCCCUCCCGCAAGAUGCAAUGGGAGCCGCCGGAGCAGAAGAAACCCGGUACGAGCAGUGUUGGCGAUUCCCAUAACCCUCUCCCUCCUCUUGUUGUUCCCAAGAGAAAAGCCCUGACAGCAGAGCAGAUUGAUAAUGCUGGGAGUGCUUCCGGGGAGAUUGCACACCUCAAGAUGUUAGCGACCGUGGCGGCACCCCCGGGACCGGCGGAAGCGCAACAUGCAUCACCUCUUUCUUGCUCGGCCUCCCCCAGGGACAGCCCAUUGCAGGGCACCUUUUUUGGUGCCCCAUCUACAACCAACGCUGCACGGCCUAAGACUGCGGUAACACUCGGGACAGGGGAGCAGCCUAGCCCCAAUGACUUCCGGAGGCCCAGCUGGUCCGUUUCCACUUCCAGGGAGCCCAAUAUUGCAUCCCUUGCUCGCCCAGUGUAUCCUCCCCAACCAACUGCAUCGCGGCCGGCGUCCAAAUCCACCUCGCUUCCUAUUCCGGGUACGAAGCCCCGGGCUCCAUCCGCGGCGCUGUUGCGUAGGAUGCCAUCUUUUGAGACGUCCAAUGCACCGCGCCUUACCGCGCCGGCCAACGCUACCCGUAAGCUGGAUCUGAAAAAGGCGUCUGUGGACGACUUGCGAAGGCUUUACGAGGAACGAGCAGGCACGGCACGGACGCUGGUGGAAGCCGGCAAGCUUAAGUAG